GAAAAUUUUGAUUUCGUUUGGAUUCUGUUAUACCGUUUACUUUCCUCUCCUUUCUCUCUUUGAAAGCAAAAUUGAUCUCUGACUCUCAGCAACGCCACCGCACAUAACCGUUGGAAUUCGUUGCUUUCAGUAAUGGCGUCCGGUGAGGGUGCGAAACCUCCGUCUCCCGAUCUUCUCAGCAUCUGCAAGUCUCUCGUUGCCGGUGGAGUUGCCGGUGGAGUGUCACGAACUGCUGUAGCUCCUCUGGAGAGAUUGAAGAUUCUGCUGCAGGUUCAAAAUCCUCAUAGUAUAAAAUACGACGGAACGAUUCAAGGCCUAAAAUACAUAUGGAAAACUGAGGGUUUUAGAGGAAUGUUUAAAGGAAACGGAACUAAUUGCGCUCGUAUUAUCCCAAAUUCAGCAGUAAAGUUCUUUAGCUAUGAGCAAGCUUCCAUGGGUAUUUUAUGGCUCUACCAGCAGCAACCUGGAAAUGAACAAGCUCAACUCACUCCUAUUCUGCGUCUUGGAGCUGGCGCGUGCGCGGGAAUCAUUGCCAUGUCUGCAACAUAUCCAAUGGACAUGGUGCGAGGAAGGCUAACCGUCCAGACAGAAGCAUCUCCUCGUCAAUACAAAGGAAUUUUUCAUGCUCUUUCAACAGUCUUCAGGGAAGAAGGCCCUCGAGCUUUGUAUAAAGGCUGGCUACCUUCAGUCAUAGGAGUUAUACCGUAUGUGGGGCUUAAUUUUUCCGUAUACGAGUCUCUCAAAGACUGGUUGAUUCGAUCUAAACCAUUUGGAAUAGCUCAGGACUCUGAGUUAAGUGUGACCACAAGGCUUGCAUGUGGGGCUGCUGCUGGAACUGUUGGCCAGACUGUGGCUUACCCCCUUGAUGUCAUUCGCCGAAGAAUGCAAAUGGUGGGUUGGAAAGAUGCUGCUUCAGUAGUCGCUGGUGAGGGGAAGAGGAAAAUGGAGUAUACUGGCAUGGUUGAUGCAUUCAGGAAAACUGUGAAGUAUGAAGGAUUUGGAGCAUUAUACAAAGGCUUAGUUCCCAAUUCAGUGAAGGUGGUCCCUUCUAUAGCUAUUGCUUUCGUUUCAUACGAGAUGGCCAAGGACAUUCUUGGGGCAGAAAUGAGAAUAUCUGACUGAAGAAUUAGAAUUUGCCAGAAGUGAUAGUAUCAGAAGGUAAUUUAUUAUUUCAUUUUCUGUAAAUGAAAUUUGAAGAUUCAAUUGUAAAAAGUCAGCAGUAUCCAUAUCCAUACACCAUCCUUUCUCUGCAUAUUAUUUUCAUUCAGUGACAAUAAGUUUUGUGUGAGGAGCCAAACUGUAUGCAUUGUGAUUAGUGACAGAUGACUCUCACCAAGAUAAUGAUUUUUGAACAUUACGGUGUACAGUUUGCCGGGCAUUACUCAUCCACAUCACAAAAGUCAUGUUUGGCAAGGUUUAUUGAAAAUUGUUUAGUUCUUUUUUAACUAA